AUGAAACUGGUCAGAUUGGAAGGCGGUCCAGCCCAAUGGUACGAUGUCAAAGACGCAGCCGACAUCCUAUGGCGCUCAACUCUCAGUCCAGACAUCAACGCCAUAACCGCCUCAUUGCGCGACCUCUACCCAAACCCAACCCUCACUCUUUCGGAACUCCACACCGGCUUCAACGCUAGCCGCAGAGGCGUCGUAGUCUGCAACAAUGACAAAAUCACCAUCGCAUUUCUCGGCUCGGAUGUCAUGGAGCUCUACAUGAACACAUGGACCGAUGGCGCAGGAUGGUUGGGAAUACCGUAUGCCGUGUUCGAAAAUGGCAAUCGCAUUCACAGCUUCUAUCGCGACAUGUGGCAUGCGAUGCGACAGGCGGCGUUUGAUGCGCUUGAUAGGGCAGUGGGAGAUAUGGCUGCACGAGGUACGACGCCCAAGCAGAUCAUUGUCGCGGGGUUUUCGAUGGGGGGCGGGAUUAGCAUAAUGGCGUUUACGGAUAUCCUUGAGAGGAUCCGGCAUACGUGGGGUGACCCGUCUGGCUCACCGCAGUCGUGGGCUCGGGACGAAGUGCUCAGAGAGCUCGUUCAGCAUAUCACUUUUGCGGCUGUUGCGGCGGGGGACCAGGGAUACUAUACCGUUUUGAAUGACUUGUACGAUAAAUAUCAGAUUCGUGCGUGGGACUUCAUGAAUCGGUACGAUUUCACGGUUAAUUUCCAUCAUGGGGCAUUUCGGUCUUGGAGGGGGUAUCGAUAUGUUUUGCCUGAUGCAAUGGUGAGGCAGUUUAGCGGUGAGUUUGGUCUGAAUGCGCAUGGUAUUUUGGGGUAUCUGAAGGUGGCAGAGUGGAUGGCUGGGGGAGGGGAUGGUCAGGUGAAUUCGGUGUAUGAUUAUUGA